UGGAGCUCAGUUUAGAUCUCUCAACACCUACUGCUGAACAUGAGCCUUAUACUGGCACACAGGAGGACACAGAGGAGGGAGACACUUGGGAAGAUAUCUUCAGGGUUGAGGAUGAUUUCCCUGAUGGAUUGUCCAUGGGUUUUGAAAACCUUGAGUGGGAAAUGAGUGAUUGUGAAGACAAUGGGACAGAAAUAGGAGAGGAGAAGAGCCACACUGACAAGAAGCGUGUGUUCAAGUUAAGAAGGAUUCUGAACCAACUGGAUGGCUUUUAUCAGCGGAAGCAACUAAAUGUGCUAAAAGCCAGGGAGGAACUGAAAGUAUUUCACCUUCAUAUGGCAGAUUUAGUGGAAAUGAGAGACAAGAUUGAGAUGGAUAUAGAGAGAGAAAAACAAGCUGAGAACAGUGUGGCUGUAUUCCGGCUGCGUGCUCAACACAAGCGUGUGUGUGCCGAGCUGCAGGUGGAGGAAGAUCUGGGCACUCAUUUAGCAAUGAUUCUGAAAGAGCAUGAGCUGGAGUUGUCUCAGGUGGAGGUGGAAAUGGGUCACUUCCUUGAGCUGCGUCAGGAGCUUCAGCUGGAGGAGAAGAACAUCCAAUCUCAAGACAAUAAGAAAGAGAAGCUCAGAAUCCAGCAUGAGAAGAUUAUUAUCAAAGGACGACAACACAAAGCACAACAUGAAAAAAUUGCACAUGAUGAGGCUUUACAACAGCAGGUGGAAAUUCACAGGAAACAACAGGAACAGACUCGUGCUAGUCGACACAAAGCAGCUGUCUACCUCAAACACACUCUACAGAGGAUGAAACAGAAAGAGGCAGAAACAGAAGAGAAGAGGAAUGAGCUCAUGAAGAAGAGACAGACUGCAGUGAUGACACUCAAAGCCAGUAUUACUGCCAAUCAGGAGACUCUACGUGCGAGACAAGAACGACAGAAACUCUAUGAACAGAAACAGAAAGAGCAAGAGCAACAGAUGAGAGACACACUAGAGGCCAAAGGGUUAAACAGCACUGAACUCAUCCACCGACAGAAACUACAGGAGGAUCUGAAUAAGAGAAAUGCGCAUUUUGCAGAGCAGCAGAGGAUGGGGAGAAUGGAGAUCGUGGCUAAACUGCUGUCAGAAAAAGACAUGAAAGAGAGACGUAGAAAAUCUCCUGCGCUGAUCCGUGAGAAGAAACAUGAGGAGAAACACUUGCAGAACUUUCUUCCUCCAUCAUCCCACACAUGGAGAGGGAUGACAGAAAGGCAUGUAACCUCAAGCCCCAAAGCAUCCUGUGUCAGACCCGGCAGUGAUGUCACUUUCUCAUCAGACUCAGCAGAGAUGAUGUUGGCAGAGCGAGAGGACAUGGAGGAAGAGGAUGGAGAAGAGCGGAGUCUGGCCCAGCCCGAGUUUACUGGCCUUUGGAAACACAAACACAUAGAUGAUACGGCAACAUCAGAUGAAAACUUCCAUCUAAAUGCAUCUUAUACCACUAUAAAGACAGACAUGGACAAAGGUUUGGUUUCAAAAGCAAUGAAGAAAUCUGUGAAGGCUGGAGAAUCAAAAGGCCCUCCGUUCAUCAGCAAACCAGAGAUAAUUUUGUUUAAGGAUUUUGAUAUUGGAAAGACAUACAAGAAGAAAGUCACACUGACAAACGUCACAUACAUGACUAAUUACUGUAAACUACUGGGAGUUUCACACAAUCUGAAGGAUUAUGUGUCAGUGAGUUUUGAGCCGCCAGGGCCCAUGUCUGCAGGAAUGGCUUGUGAACUGGAGGCUGUAUUCAGACCUUUGCUCGAUGUGGAUUUGGACGGUGUGAUUCAGUUUCAAUCAGCUACAGGCUCAUUUUCUGUAAACAUAAAGUGCUCCAAGAAAAAAUGUGAGAUAGUUGUUGAUCGCUGUCUUGUGGACUUUGGUACUCAUGUGGUCGGGCAGACAGUUUCACGAAUCAUCACUCUGACUAACAGAGGGGCCCUGAGCACUCAUUACACACUGACCCCCAUCAUCACUGGCCCCCUUCAACAGACCUCUACAAGCACACAGGUUCCUGGUAACACUGAAAGUUUUCAGAUGUGCAGUGGGAAUCCAGUUGUUGAGAACGCAACAGAAAUCCCAUCAGCCUUAGAAAUCGCAGAAAACAUUGCUCACACUGACCUCAGACCAGAUGUUUGUCCUGUGAGUGCUCACAGUCCUGAUGAGGAUUUGAUGGCUGGUCCAGGAUCAGAGGAUAUUAAAGCAGAGCAGAGUGGCUUUGAGCAGACUGAGUUCAGCAUUGGUGAGGUUUAUGAAGGUGAAAUCGGCCCAUUUAUGACCGUCAAACUACCUGUCAUCUUCACACCAACCAUCCCCGGGGAGGCAAAACUGGAUUUCCAAAUCAUGUUUUCUCAACCUGGUUGUGAACUGAUUGUGGUUUCAGUUUGUGGGGUGGCAGAGAGUGCACCUGUGUGGGUGACCAAGCCAAAUAUUGACCUGAAAAUCUGCAUGUAUGAUCGUCUUUAUCAGGACAACAUAGAAGUUCAAAGCAGGGCGAGCACACUUCUCCGGCUGAUGUUCAGAGUGUGUAAAGAGAUGAAGAAGCACAUGUCCAUCCUGCCUAAAACAGGCUUUAUUCAGGCCAAAAAUAGUUUCAGUGCUCAGCUCAAAUUCCAGCCCAGACAGAGCUUGUAUAUGGAUGCCAAGCGCUUCUUCAAUGAGGCCACAGGAGUUUUGGAGGUUCCUUUGUUUGUACAGGUGGCAGAUCAGGUGAGGCCUGUUGAGGUAACGGUUCACGCGGUGGUCACCAGCUCUGACCUGCAGUUCGACCGCACUGACGUGGACUUUGGCCACUGCUCCAUUUACGAGUCUGUUCAGACUACUGUACGUCUCACCAACUGCUCAUUAUUACCUCAGGAGUUUGGCUUUGUGGGUGUUCCAAAGUUUAUUGAUGUCCAGCCUAAUGAUGGUUUUGGCACUUUGCUGCCUUCACAAAGCAUGAACAUUCAUUUGAUCUUCAGCGUGUCAAAAGCGGGUGAAUACAAGUUUACUCUUACAUGCAAGACAGGCAUUAACAGAGACUUCCUGCUGUCUUGUCGUGCUACUGGUGUCCAGCCUUCACUGAAGCUCUCUGAUUGGUUGGUUAAGUUUGGAAGGACAGCGGUAGGUGACCGGUCCACUGCAGUGAUGUAUGUGGAGAACCCGCACGCUACACAGAAAGAGUUUACACAACCUCUGACAAAUAUCAACAAGAGGUCUGGUGCAGGUGCGCAGCUCUUUGCGUUCUCUGUACCUGAAAACUCUGAAAUCACCUUCACACCUGCUUCAGGACGUGUGCUGCCUGGACAGAGAUGUCUGGUCCAGGUCACAUUCAGCCCAACACUCUCUGAUGAUGCCAUCAAAGCAGAGACUCUUCGCUUAAAUGGUCUUAAUGAGGAUCUUCAUAGAGCCGAAACUGACACCACCAGUAGCAAACAUACACAACCAGAAACAAGAAGGAAAAUGGAGACUCCAUUAGAGCAUGUUCAAGGCACCAAAGCGGCCACCCCUUUCCAUUCGCCGAAUCCAGCGGACAUUCAAACAGGUUCUUUAGAAUAUUUGGCUGGGAAGGUAUCGCUUCUGCAGUCCUUUACUGAGCGCUCCAGUCGCUACAUCAUACCCUGCUUUACCUCAUCAGACUCCGUGCUGGACAUGUCAGAGGAACCCACAUACAGGCCUCAUGACACACUGUAUGUGGAGCUGCGCUGUCCAGCCGUCAGACCAGCACUACUGCUCAUCUCUGAUAAUGGACACAACAUCAUUGACUUUAACCAGGUGCCAGUAGGUCAAAAGGUGUUGAAGAAGGUGAUAAUCCAGAACAUUUCCACAGAGCCUUUGAAGCUUUCAUCAUCACUGCUGGAUGUGACGGGGCCGUUUUCUGUGCUGAACGCCAUGCGAUCCGUCUGUCCUGGAGAGACACACACACUCCUGAUCGCAUUUACACCUUUGCUGGAAAAGAAGUAUCAUGAGACACUUGAGGUGAGCUGUGGUCAGAUGUCACUGGAUCUCGUGUUGUGUGCUGAAGCUGUGGAGCCUGUUAUCAGAUGCUCUAAUGAUGGACACAUGGACUUUCACUGUGUUCCUGUCAAUGAGAGCAGCACUCAAGUGUUCAGGCUGCAGAACAUGUCGUCUGUGACUGUACAGUUCAGUGUGCUGUUAGAGAGUCACUGUCGUAAUGAAUCAGAUGGCUGGCUCCCAGCGGUCACAGACUCUACAGCACAUGUGGGUGUUCAGAACUACAGCGGGAUGAGUGUGUUUGGUGCGACACCCUCAGGGGGCGUUAUAUGGCCUGCUGAUACUGUUGACAUUACUGUGACCUUUCAUCCAGACCACCAGAGCCUUCAUUACAGAGAUGUGCUCAGAGUGCAACUCAUCAACAAACAAACGGUGUAUGUGUUGCAGCUCAGAGGUUCUUCAUUUGAAAACAACAUGUUUGCCUGUGGUGGCGAUCCGUCAAAUGUGUGUUGUGAAUCACUUAUCCCGUCUCACAUUUACACUUCAGGACACACAAAACACAAAGACAGAAAGAGUUUGCUGCUAACACUGAGUGGUGAAUAUCGAGACGGCAAAGCAAUCACUGUCACGCGCAAACUCGAGGUGGGAUGCGUUUACAGCUCAAAGCCAAAUGCAAAAAGAACGAUUGAGUUUCUGUGGGAGAAUGUGUCGCCUGUGGAGCAGCAGGGCUUCAGUGUGACUCCAACUCAAGGAACUGUAGAUGCAGGACACAGACGCACCAUCACUGUCACCUGGAUGCCUCCUAAUGGUCUCGCUCCGUAUGCAGUCGUUGAAGCACAUGCUCUGCUGACCAUGAGAGGAGAGGAGACCGAUGAAUACAGCGUCAUUCUAACAGCCCAUACACAUGCAUAGAAUUACAUUUACAAUGUUUGCUAUUAUUCAUUAUUAUAUCAUUAAUUAGUUAUUGCAUGAUUACAUUUAGCAAUUUAAAUCCUGACACUUAUUGUCUGAGCUUGUGAAAAAUGUUUUUAUAUAAUAAAACAUAUAUAUAUAUACACAAACACACACACACACACACACACACACACACAGUCAAGGUGUUUAUGCUGUAGGUUACUGGUACAUAUGAUUUCUGAUUUGCUUCCUUUGUACAAUCAAUGCUGUAAAACAAAUAUUUCAA